UAUUUGGUUUAUGGAGUAUGAAAGUUAUAUUUUGAUUAAACUAAUUGGAUAAAGUUUAAUUUCCAUGCUUUUAUUUCUGGAUAAUGGUGUGAAAAAUGUAGGACAGUUAAUAUUUACUAAUAGUUUUAAUUAAUAAAAUCUUUGCAACAAAGAAAUUUGCUUUUUAUCGAUGAAAGUCUGGCAGUGUAAAAGAUUUAUAGUGUUAUCGCAGACAAGAAAAUAUGGAGAUUGAAUAAGACUGCCAAUUAUUCAAUGUUAGGAUGAUGUGAGACUUUAUUUGGAUUUAUACCUUGAAAGCAUAAAACUGAUAAGUGUGAAAUAUGAAGUUAUAAUAGCGUGAAAAACAGAAAAUUAAAAAUGUUACUGAUAAAAGUAAAACGUGGAGAAUGAGGAUUUAAUAAUAGCUUCAUGUUAUUUUCUUGGUUACCAGUGCCUGUAAGUUUCUUGACAGACUAUUUAUUAAGUUGCAUGUUUCAAUAACAUUAACCAACAAAGAGUGAAACAGUUGAAAUUAAUUAUUUACAGAGUGUCCAUUGAUUUAAUCACAGUUUAUUUGUUAAAUAAAUUCUCCCACAUCUGAUAUACUGCCACCGAGGGUAUUGUUUCGUUUUAUUGCCACUGUUCAAUGUAUAACAAUAUAUCAGAGAAAAAAAACGUUUGAAAUGAAUUUGUUGUUGCAAGUUCAGGAACAAGAGAAAAUUUAGAAAUUCUCAAGAAUUUGGAAUAAACUUGGAAUUCUGGGACACAAAAUGAAUUCUAAACAAAAAGUGUUGAAGUUUAACGAAGAAACAAAAGAGGAACAGAAACCUGCUUUUGACAAAGAUGAGAAUGUCCGGUUGGAGGAGGAGAUCAAGUUACACCAUCUGGAACAGCUGAUGAACCGGUUCAAUAAACAUAAACCGGAAGACAUUCUCAUACAAGCUGGAACCGGAUUCUUCCCGGCAAAAACACAAGCAAGAACUCCGGGCCGUAUGAAUCUCCUGGAGUUUAAGCAGACAGUUUCAGAGGUACUUGCUUCAGAUGAAUAUGAUGACUACCUGGAGAAACUGUUUAUGAAGCUUGACUCGUCAGCCAGCGGGUAUGUUGACUGGAAUGAGUUUUGUACAUACCUUCUUCUGUUGUAUAGGGAGAAUGACUACAUGCGAACAAAACGGGAAAUCCCCUUCCUCGUUGAACCUAAAAUUAGACAUAUUGUUCAGAACAGGCAAGAACAGACCACAAAGAUAGUUGCAGUUGAUGGACCAACACGAUAUGUUACAGUUAGCAGGGAAGGUGCAAUAAGUGUAUGGUAUCCCAGCAUGCAGUAUGACAAAUAUUAUGUAAUCAGUGACAAUGAGGAGGACACGAGUCAGAAACGAAGGUUCAAAAUGUGGGUUACAGAUGCCAUCUUUAUGCCAAACUGCCAUAAGAUAGCUAUAGCUUCAACUAGCAGAGAUAUAAGAUUCUUCGAUACUUCAACUGCUCAAUAUUUUGAAGAAUAUCACUUAUUUGCCUUGCCAGAUGUCCCGUAUUGUUUCGACUAUUGGUAUGACAAACGAAACCCAAACUCUGAAUCCCUUCUCAUCUUUGGCAAUGAUACAGGGGCUAUCAAUCUAAUGUAUUUUAGUAAACCAGUCACACAGCUCUUUGAUAUUCCCUUCAAAAGUGAUGGUGGUGCUCAUAAAAUCUUUAUGCAGAAUUUAGAUCAACAUUCCAAGUGUAUUCGUCACACUGUGAUACCGGAUGUACAUCCAGAACUUAUUCGUCAAGUGCAGUAUAUACCGGACAAUAACAUGAUCAUAUCGUCGUGUGCCAACCCGAGUAAAUCUAUGAUCAUCUCUGACAUCAAAUGUCUCAAGAAAAGUUAUGUGUUCAAAAUUGACAAGGGUGUAGAAUGUUUUGACUUCAGUAAGAAGUUGAACAUCCUUGUCACAGGAAGUCUUGAUCACUGUAUACGACUCUGGAACCCAUAUGUAACCUCUAAACCAAUGGCAGUACUCGAAGGUCAUGGUACAGGGGUUAUAGGGGUCAAAAUACAUGAAGGGCUGUUGCAGGUGUUUAGUUAUUCAAAGGAUGCUGUGGUCAAAGUCUGGGAUAUCAAAGAACAUGCCAUAUUACAAACAGUAGUGCUCAAGUUUCCAAGUAGUAUACACGGACGUAUGCCGGAACAUGGACAGUUUCCUAUCCAUCUACAGCCAUCACCUCAGAGUUCUCUACUGGUCACGUGCAAUGAUUAUAUAGGACUGUUAAAAUUAGGUCGCACGAGUAUACCUAGAAGUGAAACUAUAAAUACUCAUGAUACGCAAUUAUGUUGUGCCAUAUAUAACCCAGUAUUUAAACAGGUAGCAACAGGAUGUGAUUCCUCAGUUAUUGCAUUAUGGGAUAUUGAGACAGGAAAUAAGUCAGUGGUUUUCUCCAAUGCUCAUGGUGAGGAAGAAAUCACGUGCAUGACCUUUGACACAGCCUAUAGGAGGUUGUUCUCAGGGGCAAGAAAUGGAACUAUAAAGGUGUGGAACUUCCAGAAUGGCCACAAUCUGCACAAACUGGAAGCUGUAGCAGAGGCAGAGGUGACAGGAAUUAUGCCCCUUACAGACAAGAAGGUUACACUGUCUGUGGGCUGGAGUAGACAGAUCACAAUAUAUGAUGAUUCUGAUCCAGAUAGCAUGUAUCUACAAGCACAGAAGAACUGGAAAGGUGGUCAGUUACAUAAAGAUGAUAUCCUAACUAUUGAUUUCUGCCCGCCUAAUCUACUGUGUACAGCCAGUUUCGAUGGAGAAAUCAUAGUUUGGGAUGUAGAAACUGAGAAAAUAUUUGUCAGGCUACGAAAAGGCCAGGUUUCAAACCUUGAAAAAGUAGAGGAGGCCUGGAUGAAAAAGAUCGAGGACAUGUCAUCUCAAAACACGGAUGAUAAUCGACCGAAAUCUAUGAAUUCUCGACCAAAUUCUCGCCAUCAGAAAUCACACAAAUUAGAGAGAGGAGAAACAUGGGAAGAAAUGUUGCAUAUGUGUAGUCAAACAGCCCCAGUGGACAAAGUGUUGUUUCUGAAGGGACGAGCAACAGGCAGGAACCUGGAAGUGUCCACAUUGAUCACCAGUGAAGGAGGAUAUAUUAGGUUCUGGUGUCUGUAUGGUGCUAGAAAUGAAAUGGGGUUUUUCUAUGCGCCUGACAUGCAGGACGAAUCAGUUCUUGGUAUGUGUACAAACAACAACAACAGUUUGUUAGUGACAGGUGAUACACAAGGAAAUAUCAAAGUCUGGGAUAUUAUGACGUACUGCAUCAAAUUUCAGGAAAGAGGGAGGAUCAAGUCUAAACCCCAGCUUGAGGCUGCUUGGCGUGCCCAUGAUGCUGCUAUAGUUAGUGUAGAGUUUGCCAAACAUGACACUGGAGAUUAUGUUAUAACUGCUUCCACUGACAAAACUGCAAGAAUAUGGACACUCAGGGAAGGUCAAUAUGUUGGAACACUAGGACAGAAAAAGUCAUGGAACCUGAAGGAACCGAGUACCUGGGCUCAUCCAAAGACCCCCUGGACAAUGAAUGAUGCAGGCUCAAAAAAGGAUACAGCAAUUUUAAGUUUCUUGCGGGCCCAAGAUUUCAAACUGGAAGAUUCUAGUACUGUAUCAGAUAGUAAAAGUCAGGUAACAGAAAAUGAUCUUGACCUUCAAACAGAAGCAGAAGAGAACAAGAAGGAAGCUGCUGUUGUCAAGAGUAAGUCACCUGAUCAGGAGAUGGCAGCCAAUCAGAAUGGAGAAACUGCAGAUGAGGUUGAACCAAAAUCACAACAUAAACAAGCAAAAGAAUUACGGCCUGUUGACAAGUCAAAGAAAUCCAAAGAUGACUUGGGUCCAUUACGAGUAAAGUUUAGAUCACAAACGUUUGCGUAUAAUGCUUCACGGCCAGAAAGGUCAAAGACUUUCCUUGGUAUUAAAGUAGAAAAAGAGCUUCAGAGAAAGCAAGCAGAUAGGAGAGGAAGGCGUGACAAUUUUGGAGAUAUAAAAAUGAAGAAAACACAACAGUAUGGAAAAUUGUGCUCUCCAUUCCAGGCUUUAUCUGUACCAAAAGUAGUAGAUAUAAAGAUUCCAGAGAAUAUGCCUCUUAGUUCUAGAAUGAUCAACAAAGGAUAUACGUCUCUAAAUCUAACAGAGGACAAACUAAUGAACAUGGACUUUAGUUAUGGUGGACGAGAAACGCCACCUGGUGAGCAAGGGGAGGCAAUAACGAGAAAGAGCAUUGGUGGUAGUAGAGUAGGCAUGCGGGAUGACAAAUCGAGGAACUCCAUUAGAAGUACACCAAGAAUAUAUGCUCCCGUGUUUAAAAAGCAUCACACUGUUGCAUAGAUCUUGUCAUAUUUCUGUCAUAAAUGAAAACCUGCAUACAAUUUGAUUGUCAACUUCUCCCAUGAAUACAUUAUUAACUCUAGCAAACAUAGGUUUCAAGAUUCUGCAUAACUUACUGGAGAAGAUGAAAGUGCCAGAAUGUGUUUGCCAUGGGUUGCUUCAGGUUCGGAUGCAAUUACCUGAUCAUAUAUGUUAAAUACUUGGCACAAUUAUUCUCCGGACGUACAGUGGGCUUUCAUGUCCCCGAGGUGCACACCUGUUAAUUUACACCAAUUUAUUUAUAAUUAAUUCAAAUAUGUUUUGCAUAUAUUUAAAACAAUCUUUAUAAGGUAUGUAUAUGCCAAUGCUUUUUUUUGUCAAAAUCAUUUUUACUGCAUGAUGAGAAUUGACUGAACGCUGAAUCAUUUUGAGUGAUUAAGAAUUUUCUGUGAUCAAAUGCUAAUAUUAUCUGUGAUGUUAUUAUUUAUGUUAUUUUUACACGUUUCUGUCCAAUCCUUGGUAUGAUUAUAUGUAUAUGAACACAAAAUGCACUGUACAUGUAACUUUUAUCCCUGUAAAAAAGCUUUUAAUUUGGUGUUAUUAUAUAGUGACUCAAAAAGUAAAUCUGCAUUAAAAUGUUAUUCUGUCAUAAUGUAAAUGAAACGUCUUCAUUUUGUCUUUCAUAAUUGAUCAGUGUGAUACAACCUGUGAUUAUAUAUAUAUCAGUAAGUUUUUGUAUACAAAAAUAAAGUGCUGAUAAUACUAGA